GACAUCUUCAACCUCUCUUCCUUCCGUCCUCUCCAGCUCGAGAUCAUCAACGCGUUCCUCGCCAAGAAGGAUGUGUUCGUGCUGCUCCCGACGGGGGGAGGGAAGAGCCUCUGCUACCAGCUCCCUGCCAUCAUCAUCCCAGGCAUCAUGGUGGUGAUCUCCCCGCUCCUGUCUCUCAUGCAGGACCAAGUGGAGCAGCUUCGAGCGCUGGGGGUCGAGUGCAUGAUGCUGAGCUCGGCAACGAGCAAGGAGGAGAUGAGGGAGGUGCUGGGUGCGAUGACCAAGGGAUCAUGUAAACUGAAGCUCCUCUACGUCACGCCCGAGCGGAUCUCCAAGAGCAGGCUGUUUCUGUCCAAGCUCGAGCAGGCGCACGACAUGCAGAGGAUCUCCUCCUUUGUGAUCGACGAGGCUCACUGCUGCUCCCAGUGGGGCCAUGACUUCCGCCCCGACUACCUCAAGCUUGGGAUCCUCAGGAGGCAGUUCCCUCGCGUGCCCAUCAUGGCGUUGACAGCGACAGCGACAGACAAGGUGCAGGAGGACGUCUCCAAGAUGCUUGGGAUAGAAAGGAGCGUCGUCUUCAGGGGCAGCGUGAAUCGUCCGAAUCUUGUCUACAGGGUCGAGGAGAAGCCGUACGCGUCCAAGGACGUCUUGACAAUGAUACUGUCAGUUAUCAAGCAGAACUUCUCUGGGAAGAGCGGCAUCGUCUACUGCCUUUCUCGUCGGGAUGCAGAGGACGUGGCUAAGUUCCUGGCAGAGAACGGCCUGCGGGCGCUGCCCUACCAUGCGGAUCUCAGCGACGAGUACAGGACCAGGGUGCACCAGCAGUGGACCAAGGGGAUCGUACACAUCAUGGUAGCGACCAUCGCGUUCGGGAUGGGGAUCAACAAGCCCGACGUCCGUUUCGUCAUCCAUCAUUCCAUGUCCAAGUCCCUGGCCGCCUACUACCAGGAGAGCGGGAGGGGAGGGAGGGACGGUGACAGGGCUGUCUGUAUCCUCUACUACCGCCCCGGGGACCUGACGAGGCUUUCCACCAUGUCAUUCCACGACAGGAACGGCCUGAAAGGCAUCUACGAGAUCGUAAGGUACUGUGAAGCAAGCUCCUGCAGGAGGCAGAUCAUCCUCUCCCACUUCGGUGAUCAGGCCGCGGGCCUUGAGCGAUGCCCUUCUGGAGCCGAAGAGUGCGACUGCUGCUCCCGGCAGGGUCAGGGGAGUCAGCAGGCAACUGACAUCACAGAGCAUGCCAAGACCGUGCUGUCAAUCAUCUCCCAGGAGAAGAAAUCCAUGACGCUCAACAAGAUCGUGGAGGUUUGGCGGGCAGGGACCAAGACCUCUCCAGGGCAAAGUGUCAGGUGUCCUCCUAACUUCAAGAGGAUCCACAACGAGCGCAUCCUCGUUCACAUGCUCCUGGAAGGCGUCCUCAAGCAGAAGUUCCGGUCGACUGCCUACGGAACCAACAGCUACAUCAUGGCCGGGCCGCAGGCGAACUCGCUGCUAACGGGGAAGAAGAGGAUAUGGGCGGAGAUGGGGGCGGCGUCAAGCUAA